UUCAUCAGCCGCAUCUCCUCCUCCCACCCCUUCCUCUCCUUCCACCCCCUCCCUUCCGUCUCCCUCCCCAAAAAUCCAUCUCCUCACCACGAAGCCCAAACCUUCGAUCUCCUCCGCCUCUCCAACCCUCACCUCCUCACUUUACUCUCCGAUCUCUCCCAAUCCUCCUCUGUCCGCGCACUCAUACUUGAUUUCUUCUGCACAAUCGCGCUAGAUGUAGCAGCCGAGCUACAUAUACCCUCAUACAUCUUCUUCCCAAGCAGCGGAGCUUCCCUUGCUGCCUUUCUCCACCUCCCCACCCUCCACUCGGUGGUCACCACAAGCUUUAAAGACCUUGGCGACUACCUUCUCCGCUUCCCAGGCCUUCCUCCCAUCCCCGCACGCGACAUGCCCCUUCCCCUGCUCAAUCGGGAUGAAGAGGCUUACAAAGCUUUUAUCUUCAGUUUCAGCCAGAUGACAGAUGUUGAUGGGAUCAUCGCGAACACCUUUCUUGCGCUGGAGCCCCGACCUCUCCAGGC